AUGACAUACACAACUAACAAUAUUCUCAUACCACAUCGGGCGUUGCGUGGUGCCAUCAGCCGGGUCGCCUUACUUGCUGCAUACAGCAGGGUGGGUAAGCGAAAACAUGCUACUGCUGACGCCUCCCUUCUUAUACUUUCGCGUUUUCCUUCUUUCACCACCCCCCACCCAAAUUCGAAUACUUUCUCUGCAGGUCCCAGCUCUGGGCCUGGCCGUUUUGCUCACCCUGCAUCACACUCAGCUGCAACUUCUGCACGUCCGAGUUCAGUUACAACCCUAAACACUUCGAAGUCCGUUUUCAAACCCCGAAAGCCUGCCUGCUUAGCCGCCUUCAAUGUUCGCACACUGAAGCAAGCAGAUCAACAGGGGGCUCUUGCUCUUACGCUGGAUUCCAUCUGUAUUGAUGCAUGUUGUCUGUCAGAAACAAGGACGCAGGACGAACUGACUGCCCCCUCGCUCUCCUCCAGGUUCCGGCUGCGCACCUCUGGUGAUGCAGAGGCCGCUGCAGCCGGAUAUGCUGGGGUGGGCACUGUAUUGAGCAAACAAGCUGAAGCGUCUCUGCUUGAUUGGAUACCCGUUAACAGUCGACUGUGUGCGGUUCGCUUGGCAACAUCUGUGAGAGAAUCUGGAGAAAAAGACAGUACGACUUUACCCCCAGACCGCCUCGUAGCACGAUUACUGGUAGAACGAAGUCUCGUUGCUCUUGGUCUGGCUGCUCCCCUUUGGCCUUCCUGGCAUGGUUGCACCUUGUGGAACGAAGUUCCAGCCACUGUAGCCCGCGGGAUCGUUGCAGCACUCAAGCCCGACCACCACGUCAAGGUGGCAGCUGUAGAUCGGAAAUCGGUUCACUGGUGGGUGCCCACCACCAAACUAGCACCCAAUCCGAAUAGACUGUGUUGGCGGCAGUUAUCGGUGGCGAGUGUCAAUCACCGCCGCUCCUCCUGGCACCACGUCAAGGUGGCAGCUGUAGAUCGGAAAUCGGUUCACAACGUGGUGCCCACCACCAAACUAGCACCCAAUCCGAAUAGACUGUGUUGGCGGCAGUUAUCGGUGGCGAGUGUCAAUCACCGCCUGCCGCUCCUCCUGGAACACCAGCGUGGACUCCGAUCAUACAAUUGUACGCUGCUGCUUUUCAUUGCGCUUUUCAGUACCUUUUCGAACAAAAUUUGCCAGCUCGUGCCGUUUGAGUUCCUUCCGUUUGUCCUCCCAACAUGAUCGAUGAUUCAGAGACGUAUAAACUCUGGCGUAUCCGGAAGACGAUUUUGAAGAUGUGCAAGGACCGUGGUUAUUUGGUCAUGCCCAAAGAAUUAGAACAGACUCUGGAUGAUUUCAAGCUGAGCGUCGGAGAUCCUCCCAGUAGAAAAGACCUGCUUAUGGUUGUGAAUCAUGAAGAGGACCCAGCUGAUAUGUUGUAUGUAUUCUUUCCGGACGAAGAGAAAGUCAAUAUGAAGACCAUCCGUGCCUAUUUAAAUCAAAUGCAACAGGACAGUACAUAUCGAGCGAUCCUUGUACUGCAAGAAAAGGGAUUGACUCCUUUCGCUAAAACAGUUAGUGCCUUAAUUUUUCUGUAAACACGUUCUCCAGGCUUUGGCUGAAUUGUCCUGUAAAUACACGCUUGAGUGUUUUUUCGAGACAGAACUGAUGGUGAAUAUUACUGAACACCAACUCGUUCCACAACACAACGUGCUCACGCAAGAGGAGAAAAAGGAAUUACUCGAA